AUGAGUUAAUCCUAAAAUUCACAAAUAUCUUUAUCUCCCCAGAAAAAACAGCAAUAAUAUUUUCCAACUAUUUGUUUAAAAACCACGGAAUCCCCUUAAAAAGGAUCAAUUACAAACACGAAUUAUCUCUUUUCACAACACUUAUAGAAUAAAGUCAAUAACAGAAAGGUGAAAAGAAACAAGGAAUUAUAGCUAGAACAGGCAUAUUCAAUUAGAAAGUACCUUCAAGUUAAUUCUUUUGCACAGGGAGAUUCAAAUAUGUCCCAUUCGAAAAUUUCACAACAUAUUUCUAUAACUGAAUAGAAAGAUACAAACGUGGACACUAAAUACUCUAUAUCCCCUUUGAGGCAACUAAGUAAAAUCGAGGAGACAUUGAGUGUAAAAAAACUUUUCGAUAUUAAUCAUACUUAACCAGAAAUAAAUACGAAACACAAAUCUCAGGGUUCAACCCAUAAUAAUUGUAUACUUGAAUUGGAUCAAGGACUAGAAGAAGGAGAUCAGAAGAAUUCAUUGAGAGUCUAAGAUUAAUUAAUUAUCUCUCCAAUUUUAUAGAAUAAUUUUAAAGAAAUUUCAGAAAAUGCUUAAUCUAAAUCUUAGUCUCCAAAUAAACUGAAUGUAAAUAAAAUCGCCAUAUUUUAGAUUGUUUUGAAAUUUAACCAAUAAAAUAAAGAGUAUAAAAAGUAUGCUUCCCAAAUGAUUCGCAUGAUUAGAAACACUUAAUAGACCUUGAUGAAGGAAUUCGAUUAAGAUCAAUUGGAAUUUGAUCGGGAAUUCAAAUUGAAAAAAUUGCAAAGACAAAAGGAAAGAAAAGAUAUCUUAUAAACAGCUUAAGAAGGAACCAAGAAUAGGUAAUUAAAAUCGAUGUUGAUGGCAUUGAAGGGAUCAUAAGAUAAAAUUAUAUCUGAUUGCCCGUUGUUCUUAAGUCUAGGAAAGAAGCUCAGCUCUUAGAACAGUUAAACAACGAUACAAAGUAGAAAAUUAUCCCAUUAAAAAAAUUAUCAACAUAUCCCAUUUGAUAAGUAAUUUGAUGACAAAAACUUUCGUAAACAUUCAGUAAAGUCAGAAAUAUGCAGUUUAGAAACCUCUUUAGAAUUACCACUCUAAAUAUAAAGACUCAUGUGA